AUGGUUGGAGAAAAUGAGACGUUUGCAUCUGAAUUUAUUCUCCUGGGCUUCACCACCCGGGCAGACCUGCAGGUGAUGUUUUUUGUCCUGUUCCUUGCCAUCUAUGUGGUCACUCUCCUAGGAAAUCUGGGAGCCAUUGUAUUGAUCCGUAUGGAUCCGCACCUUCACACCCCCAUGUACUUCUUCCUGAGCUACUUGUGCCUCCUGGACAUCUGCUACUCCUCUACCAUCAUCCCCCAGAGCCUGAGGGAUUUUUUGGCAGAGAAGAAGGUGAUUUCCUUUGCGAGAUGCGUCACCCAGCUCUUCUCCUUUGCCACCUGGGCCACCACCGAGUGCUACGUGCUGGCCGCCAUGGCCUAUGACCGCUACGUGGCCAUCUGCAGGCCCCUGCUCUACUCCGUGCUCAUGUCCCAGAGGAUUUGCAUUGGGAUGUUGGCUGGGGCCUACCUGGCUGGAGUGAUCAGCUCCACCCUCCACACGGUUUCCAUAUUCCGCUCCUUGUUCUGCCACUCCCGGGCCAUUGACCACUUCUUCUGUGAUGGGCCCCCGCUGCUGGCCCUGUCCUGCUCUGACACCCGCGCCAGCGAGGUCGUGGUGGCCGUCGUGGUGGGGUUCAACACGCUGAGCACCGUGGCCUUCAUCCUGGUGUCCUACUCAUCCAUCCUCGCCGCUGUCCUGCGGAUCCGCUCGGCGGCCGGGCGGCGCAAGGCCUUGUCCACCUGCGCCUCCCACCUGGCCUCCGUCACUCUGUACUACAGCAGCUCCAUCCUCAUGUACCUGCGCCCCGUCUCCAGCCACUCCUUGCAGCAGGACAAGGUCAUCUCCCUGGUGUAUUCCGUCGCUGUCCCCAUGCUGAACCCGUUUGUUUACAGCCUCAGGAACGCGGACUUGAGGAACGCCAUGAGGAAAAUGCUCCAGCAGCACUUGGCAGUGGGUGUUGGGGAUUAAUCCAUAGGAGCAGAUAAAUCCAUCAUCACUGCAGGGCUCUUGGCAGCACUGAAUUCCCAACUACUGGUAGGGAAGCCUCUGAAAUUGCAGCUGGUUUGUGCCAGUACCUGUAACCUGGGACUGAUCCUGAUUGUCUGACUCUGGAGUCCCUGAAGUGCUGGGUUAUGGAAAACAGACGAGACCGUGGAUCAACCCCGCGUGUCAUCCGGUGGUUUUGGGCAGGGCACAGCAAUUGGCAGUGGGUGUGUUUAGGGGGAGGAGCCACUGCUUCCCAUCGAGCUGUGGGAAAGGCAGCCCAGAGGAUGAGGCUUGGGAAGGAGUUGUGAACUGAGAAGUAGCUCAAAUCGAGUUUAAGUAGCCUUCGACUCCUGGAAUAGUCUGGAUUGGAAGGAACCGUAUAGAUCCUGUUCCAAACUGCUGCCACGGUCAGGGGCACCUUCCUGGGGUGUCCAUGGAAUACCCUCCAUGCCAGGCUGGUGGAACAGGCGGGGUUUUCUCCCUAAGCCCAGUCCCAGGCAAGAUUGGGGUUUCCAUGGGAAGAAGCCUGAGAACUGGGAGGCUCCAUGCCUGGAAAUGUUUCCAGUCCUGCUUUAUCGUUUUAUCCAGUCUUGGCCAAAACUGAGCAUUACGUUUCUUCCCUAAGUGAGGUGGUUUUCCCUGGACUGCUGGGAUUGCACACUGGGUGUUUAAGGGCUGUGUUGUCUCUUUCUCCAGAACAGAAGAGUGAGGAGAUGGGGAUGCUCCCAGCCAUCACAGAGAUGUGGGAACAGCCCAGUUCCAGUGAGGAAUGUG